AUUAAUUUUUUAUGUUUUUUUUUUAAUGACAAAAGUAUUGAAUUUAACGAAAUGUUCUAAAUUUUUGGGAAUCAAAGGUAAUUUAAAAGGAAUAGGAGGACUAGAAAAGAAAAAAAAAACAUCUCAAAUCUAUCCAUUAAAAAUGCUUUCUAAUAUCUCCCAUGAUCCCUAUAUAUGGAAUGAAUUAGUUAACAUUAUAGUAAAAGAAAAAAAAUACAGUUUAUAUUUUUUAAAACAUUUUUCAUAUCGGUGGAGGCAAUCGCCGGCGGAAACCAAUGGCAAUGUUUCUGAGAAAAGUCGCCGUCGGCGUUACAAAACCCAACGUUGCUCCGGUGAAUGGGCGGUUCCUCCUCCGUCACAUGUCGUCUGUUUGCAGGUCCACGGCGGAGGAAAGGGAAGCUCGAGCUACGUGGAUUAAGCAGCUGAACUCCCCCAUGGAGGUCAUUGCUCCCGAUGUGGCAGACAUCAUUGAGCUUGAGAAAGCUCGUCAAUUCCAGGGUCUUGAGCUUAUACCUUCCGAGAAUUUCUGCCCAAGAGCAGUAAUGGAAGCAGUUGGUUCGAUAUUGACCAAUUCAUAUAGUGAAGGAUAUCCGGGUGCCAGAUACUAUGGAGGAACUGAGUACGCUGAUAUCAUCGAGAACUUGUGCAAGAAACGUGUGUUUGAAGCGUUCCGUUUGGACCCUGCAAAAUGGGGAGUUAACGUGCAGACUUUCACUGGAUCUAUAGCUAACUUUCUGACAUACAGUGCAUUAUUAAAACCUCACGAGAGGAUAAUGUCUCUUGAUUUACCACAUGGUGGACACCUUUCGCACGGUUAUCAGACUGCUACCAAGAAAGUUUCUCUUGUUUCAAUGUUCUUCGAGACAAUGCCAUAUAGGUUGGAUGAGAGAACUGGUUACAUUGACUAUGAUGGGAUGGAGAGAAGUGCAUCUUUGUUUCGACCAAAACUCAUUGUUGCUGGUGCAACUGCCUACGCUCGUCUCUAUGAUUAUGCACGAAUUCGAAAGAUCUGUGACAAAUAUAAGGCAAUCAUGAUGGCUGAUAUGGCACACCUUGCUGGUUUAGUUGCAGCAGACGUUAUUCCAUCUCCUUUUGAAUAUGCUGAUAUUGUGACAACGACCACAAAUAAGUCCUUAGGUGGACCGCGAGGGGCUUUGAUUUUCUAUCGAAAGGGCGUUAAAGAGAUCAACAAAAAAGGAGAGGAAGUGCUCUAUGACUAUGAAGACAAAAUCAAUGGCGCAGUCUUCCCUGGUUUUCAAGGUUCCCCACACAACCAUAAAAUUGCUGGUCUGGCGAUUGCGCUAAAGCAGGCCACAACUCCGGAAUACAAAGCCUACCAACAACAGGUUCUCAAUAAUUCUUCAAGAUUUGCUCAGUGUUUGAUUGAGAAGGGCUAUGAACUUGUAUCUGGUGGAACUGAUAAUCAUUUACUCCUCGUGAAUUUGAAAAAUAAGGGUAUUGAUGGCUCGAGAGUGGAAAAGGUUUUGGAUUGGGUGCAUAUUGCAGCCAACAAGAACACAGUUCCAGGGGACGUGUCUGCCAUUUCUCCGAGUGGCAUUCGUAUGGGAACCCCUGCUCUUACUUCCAGAGGCUUCCUCGAAGCAGAUUUUGUGAAAGUAGCUGAAUUCUUUGAUGAAGCUUUGAAGUUAGCCUUGAAGAUUAAGGCUGCUGAGCCUAAAGGUGCUAAGUUGAAGGAUUUCAAGGCAACCGUGCAAUCAAAUAAAGAAUUCCAAUCUGAAAUUUCAAAACUCCGACGUGAGGUUGAGGAGUUUUCCAAGCAAUUUCCAACGGUAGGUUUUGAGAAAGAGACAAUGAAAUAUAGAGACUGAAGAACAGUUUUAUUGGCAGCCGAGUCGGGUUAGACAGUAUGCUAAUAAAUGGCAGUUGUUCGUUAAAACUCAGUGCUUGAAAAGUCAUUAUAAAUUUGUGUUGUUGAUUAGUUGCUAAACCGCUUACAUGCAUAAAUAAAUGUCUCUUGUGAACAGUAUUUUUCGAAUUUCCAAUAUAAAAUCUCGACUGUACACUG